AUUCCUGUGCCCCCUCACCAUGAGCCUGUGGACUAACGGGUCCUCCGUGGAUCUCUACGCCGACUCCUCCAACUCCUCAAACCGGAGCGACGGGGGCUCCCCGCACCGCCCCGCCCCGCUGGACCUGAGCCGGGCGGUGCCGGUGGGCAUGGUGCUGGCCUUCUUCAUCAUGUUCGCCAUCGUGGGGAACAUCCUGGUCAUCCUGUCGGUGGUCUGUAACCGGCACCUGCGCAUCCCGACUAACUACUUCAUCGUCAACCUGGCCAUCGCCGACCUGCUGCUGGGCACCACCGUGCUGCCGGUGUCCGCCACGCUGGAGGUGUUAGACCGCUGGGUGUUUGGCCGGAUCUUCUGCGACAUCUGGGCGGCGGUGGACGUCCUGUGCUGCACGGCGUCCAUCAUGUCUCUGUGCGUCAUCUCCAUCGACCGCUACAUUGGCGUGCGCUACCCGCUGCAGUACCCAAUGAUCGUGACUGAGCGGCGGGCGCUGCUCGCCAUGCUGGGCGUCUGGAUCCUCGCCAUUGUCAUCUCCAUCGGCCCGCUGCUGGGCUGGAAGCAGCCGCCGUCACAGGAUGACUCGGUGUGCCUGAUCACGGAGGAGCCCUUCUACGCCCUCUUCUCCUCGCUGGGCUCCUUCUACAUCCCGCUGGCCGUCAUCCUGGCCAUGUACUGCCGCGUCUACGUGGUGGCGAAGCGCACCACCAAGAACCUGGAGGCCGGCGUGAUGAAGGAGCGCCAGCAGGACUCCAACGAGCUCACGCUGAGGAUCCACUGCAGGAACCAGCAGAUCCAGGACAUGUGUCCCGCCUCCAAGUCCGGAGGGGGCGGAGCCUCGGCCGCGCGCAGCUCGCUCACCGUCAAGCUGCUCAAGUUCUCCCGCGAGAAGAAGGCGGCGAAGACGCUGGGCGUGGUGGUGGGCAUGUUCAUCCUCUGCUGGCUGCCCUUCUUCCUGGCUCUACCCAUCAGUUCCUUCAACAGCAGCCUCCGUCCUCCGGACACUUUCUUCAAAGUCAUUUUCUGGUUGGGAUACUUCAACAGCUGUCUGAACCCCAUCAUCUACCCGUGCUACAGCCGCGAGUUCAAACAGGCCUUCAUCCGGGUCCUUCGCUGCCGCUGGAAGAAGAAGCGCCAGGGCUGGCAGGCGUACUACAACUACCGCAGCCAGCAGGGCUCCAACAGCUCGUCCUUCCUGAACGGCAGCCAGCAGACGCUGUCCUCCGUCAGCCCCAGCCCGCGCUGCGCCGCCCCCCGGCUCCGCCCCCCGCCGUGGCCCUCCUCCAACCGCAACCUCCUGCCCGGCUCCGCGGGGAACGGCGGUCGGCGGGAGACGGGGCCGGUGGCGGGGAGGGGGACGUCUCCGAACGGACGGAGCGCGACCACAGAAAGAGAGGGGUGCUGAGCCAACAGGAAGUACUGAGCGACCGGCGACGCCCACUCACCCCUGCUCCACCCUCCUCCAGCCGCCGCUAGCAGGAAGUGGACUUUAAAACACGCACAAGUGGACUCAGGUGGCUACGGUCCGACCUGUUAAAGCAAACUCUUUCAGUGGUUUUCAAAAUAUCAUAUUUUGUACUAAAGGCCAUCAGAGACAAGCUUUUAUUGUGAAAGUCUUACCUCUCAGGUUAUGUCAGAGCUCUUAUUGUGAAAGUGUCUCCUGAGUGUCGUUGUCAGACAAUUAUUGUGGAAGUAAUUAUAAUGAAACUUUUAUUGUGAGAAUCAUCACGAGUCUUAUUGUGAAAGAGCACGACACUUAUUACAAGCCUUUUGUUGUGAAAGUCAUUCCUUAGUCAUUAAAAUGGGACUGUUUUUGUGGAAGGUUUUGAUGACCGGAGGUCUUACUCCUGAUGGCAGUGUUCAUAGCAGGACUUUUAUUAUGAAAUUCUCAGCAGUGUUGCCUUGAUAAUGAUCCUAAAAUGCUUUUAUUGUAAAAGUUUGCCUGUAAUGAUCGUUAGAGAAAUUGUGAAGGAUCACAGAAAAACUUUUAAUGUGAAGUUUUGUCAAGAAUAACACUCAUAUUGAGAAAAUAUGAACUUUAGACCACUUUUAUUGUGAAGUUUUGAAUAGAAUGAUGACUUUAUUUGUGAA